GUUUCAUGACAGUUGGUCCGCCGCAGUCGUGGUGUGCGUUAGGUUCUGUGAACUACUUUAUAUUUAUUGCUAUUUAUAACAAAUUGGGCGUGUUUUAUUUAAAUAUUAAGAAAGAAAAACAUUAAAAUAUUGUUUAAAAUUCCUAUUUAUACCUUUAAAGUUAGUGAUAAAAGAACAUUUAAGUGACAUUUUUAAAACUGUUAAUGUAAUAGGCAAUGCAGUGUUCGCUAUCGCGCAGAGUUUUCUAAUAAAUUGUGAUUUAUUUAAUCUACAAUGGGGAAAUUGUUGAGUCUUUUGUCUCGGGACGACUCGAAUUGUUGUUCGUCGCCGCGUUACGAUAUCUUUUUGGAUUUCGAGAACGCCGCGCCCACGGAUACUGAGCGCGAUGUUUACGAGGAUGUUCAGCGAGUGUUGUUGGACUCGGAGAAGAUAUUAGAAGAGAUACAGUGUUACAAGGGUGCGGGGAGAGAGAUACGAGAGGCGAUAGCAGAUCCUUCGCGGAUGUCGCAGGAGCGAGCGUGGCGCGCAGUGCGGCCGCUGGUGGACAAGCUGCUGCGCUGCUACAACCACUCCCUGCAGCUGCAGCGGGUUGUUCCACGACUGCUCGGCUCAUUAGUAGGAGGUGCAAUGAGUCCAACACAGCAUCUGGAACAGCAGCAAGCCCUGGUCAAACAGUUCGCAGAAAUAUUAGAAUUUGUCCUCAAAUUCGACGAAUACAAAAUGAAAACACCAGCGAUACAGAACGACUUCAGCUACUACAGGCGGAGCGUGUCCCGGGGUGGUCUGAUAAACGCAGACCUACCUCCCGGAGAAGAGCCGCACAUAACCGCAGAGGUUGCGAACAGAAUGUCCCUCUUCUACGCUCAAGCCACGCCGAUGCUGAAGGUCCUGUCCGAAGCCACCAGCCAGUUCGUGAACGAUAACCAACAAGAUUUGGAAAAUACGACAGAGACCCUCAGCACUAUGGCCAAAGUCUGUCUCAGGAUGCUCGAAAACCCGAAACUCGUGGCCCAGUUCAGUCGCGAAGAGACGUCGCUGUUAGUCCUCCGCGUGAUGGUGGGCCUCAUCAUCCUCUACGACUGGGUCCACCCCUCCGGUGCCUUCUGCCGCUCGUCCUCCGUCGACGUCAAGGGCUGCGUCAAGUUCCUCCAGCAACAACCCCCAACGAAAGCUGAACCCCUCCUCAACGCGUUAAGGUAUACGACGAAGCAUUUGAACCACCAGUCGACGCCGAAAAACAUCCGGACCCUGCUGGCGGCGUGAGGGCAGCACUCGAGCCUUGCAUGUUGCUGUGGAGAAUAAUGCGACAAUAAUUAACUGUGGGGAUAUCUCGGCACGCGUUUGUUUUGCUCCUUAGUGAUACACCUACUAUCUAUAUUGAAUACAUUGAUCUCUAUUAUAAUUGACUUAACACUGUCACUAUUCGUUACAAUUUGACAGCUAUCAGCGUAUAACAGAGCGUAUUAUAAUAGAGGUCAGUGGUAGAAAACAUAAUAUCUAUCUCUCAUCAUAUUGACCGUGGACCACUAUUAAUCCAAAGCCAAUUCAUAUGGUUAAGUUAAGCUGAUGACAGCUUCCGACCAUGUCAGAGAUCAAAGUAAAACGACGCAGUUUAUAAAAAACCAAGAACACUUUGCUAUUUCGAUGAGAGAACUGCUUGCAUUCUUUGAGUUAUUUUGAUAUGGAAUCCUGCGGGUGAAAAAUAAAAGAAAUCUAUAAAUAUAUCCAUUACCUACACAAAACUUCCUUUGACUAAUUUCUUGUAUGAAUUUGGGGUAUGAAUAUACGAAGUUAGAAAUAUAUGAACACGAAAUUCUAUUUUUCUUACGUUAAUAGUUAGCGAGCUUCAAAAGCAACAUAUUAAGUAGAAUUAUUGAGAAACUCCCUACUACCCACAUUCGUGCAAGGUUUCAUUCAACCCUCUACGUCACAACAGAAUUUUACGUCAGUCGUAAGUUAGCUUUUAUAAAACUAUGAUGAUAAGGCUUAGACAACUCGUAUGUGUAACGUAAUCGAAGAAGUAUUAUUUACAUUUUAAUCUAAUGUAUAAAACUGAAUUGGGUCAUACUGUUACCACAAUUUAUUGUGCAUUUUUUCCAAAUAAACCGUUACUGAUAUAAUUCCCCGUACACUGGGUAAUGCAAGUCUCUGAUGUACGCAGACAUUAAUCUUCAAGCGACCACUGCCUAUACACUCAUGGAGUUUCAUUCAGCUUGCGUCGUUCCAGAAUUAAGUCAGUCAGAAAUCGGAGACUUGAAUUGUCUCGAGUGUGAAUGACCCAUAAACUGCACUUAACCCAUAGGAAUAUUAACAUCAAUGUCAAUUUAUUGUUUCAUUAUACUUAGAUACAACUAAUAGUUAUACUUUGUCUUUAUUAUAAAUUUAUUGAUCCCAGUAUUGGAUGGUAUUAAAUAAUAGAUAUUGUAAAUUUUUAUAUAGCACAAAUUAUAUUGUUACGCAUAUCCCUUUGAUGGGUGGUGAUUUGCGUUUGUAUUCGGUUCCAAAGAUUUAUUCACAAUUGUUAAUUACUACUUGUUUCGCUCAACAUUCGUGCGACAUAUUGUUUUAAGACUGAGAUGUAUCUACCAUCGAUUGUUACACACUCACGAAAUACAACUCCUGUAUUUAUAUUAUGACAGAAAUGUAUAGUUGACGUAAAACUAUGCCUUAUACAAUGAAAGUUAAGGGCGUACCUAGCGUAUAUGAGUAUUACAAUGCCUUUUCUAAAAUUAUUAUAAAGUGUUAAGUAUCUCGUGUUAACAAUGUUGAAUUUAUGCAUGUACCACUGCCUUGAUGUUAACUAACAUAAUAAUUUUAAAUUGAAUUUAUAGGUAUGAUAUAAAUGUUUUCACUAUUGAUGUAUUAACUCAAAUAUAAGUAUAACGAAGCAUGUACUGUUUAUUUACAAGUUUAUAAGUGUUAACAGUUCGCGGCUCCCUCUAGUUCGUGUAAUGCCCGCUAGGUGGAGCUCGAAGGUGAGAUUACUAUAUUUUUUAAUUAUAUUGAAAGCCGCUGAUUACGCUCAAAAUCAAUCUUUGAAUGUUAAUUUAAUUCUACUUCUUAAAUAGGAUCUCAAGUUAUUGGUCCGAUUGAAAUUAGUGUUUCAGUCGAUUCAGCGAUGUCAUACUGCAUAUUAUAUAUACAGUUCACUUUAGCAUAAGUUUUAUGUUUCCAUGAGGAAGGUUAUGGGUAAAGAAGGGCUCAUACAUGUUUAUUUCUAUUUUAACUAGAAGUAGUCCUACGUGUGAGUGGCGCACACCUGGGGCCGAAUUAUGAAGUGUUACAGCCAUUCAUUAUAAAAGAGAGAUGGCGCUAAUUUUGCAUAGCUCCAUCUGUCUCUACAACGUAAUGGUUCUAGUGCAUCAUAUUACGGCACCUAGUUAUUUCGGGAUGAACGUCUGUCACCGCUUCCGAUCGUCGAUUGUCGCAAAUUUAUUGCGUGGUUCGUGCGCGCAGUCACUUAAUUUCUUGCGUCUUCUUAUCUAUCAACUGUAGGCAAUUUCUUUAUCUAUUAAUAGAUUUGCAUUGCAUGAAUUAACCGUCUAAUUUACUUCAUACCUAGUAUUAUUAAUUACUAUAUACUGUCGACGAUACCCAGUUAAAAUCACUGUCGGUAGAUUGACUGAAGUAUGACAAGCUUUUUUAAAACUUUAUGAUCAUAAAACUAAUUCUGUUAACUUUAACAUCUAGUUGCGUGCAAUGUUUUAAUAGAUGGCGUUAAAUCUGUCAAUUGUAAGUAGUGUCGGUAAAACAGUGCACAGAAGAUUUUAAACAAGGUGUAUAUUGUAAACAUUGUCGCAACUACUGUACUUAGUCUAUGUCGCUAUUUGGAGGUAGUUACACGCUCCAUCGUUAUUUACAUUAUAAAAUAGCUAUCGGUAUCUCGUUUAGCACAAACACUUGUCUUUCGUGUAUAGUAACUUAGUAUUAAAUAAAAUUAUUAACUUAGGAUGGUUAGUUCAUUACUUGCACAGUCAGCACAAUACUUUAUGAUAGUUAUUAUAUAAAUAUAGUACCCUUGUUGAAUAUUAUCUGUAAUGGCGACUGUUGCUUGCAAGGAUCGACUCAGGUGUGCACUCCGAAUUGCAUUUACUGUGAGGAAUUGAACGUUGGAAAUAAAUAAAUCGUUCCCUAAAUUAACACUGCCCAAAUUAAAUAAAUUUUAUACAAUAUUUUUUUAUAAUCGAUAAGUUGUUUAAAUUUAUUCCAAUGUAAUGAUAAUGUAAUUAAUUCCAAUUACUCCAUGAUGAGUCUAAGCAUACUUUGAGCAAAGUAAGUAGUGUUAGUUGGGCGAAAACUAUUGAAUGCUUAUGAUUGUAGAAGAUAAAAUUAUAGAAAGGGCACUCGCGGCCAAUGUGGAUGUUUGUGAGUAGUAAAGAUUACGAAGAUGUUUCACUAAUUAAUUUACGUUAUUAAUUAAUCACUUGCAUUAUGUAUUAACCCAGAAUUUAUUAUAUAACUGGCAUUUGUUAAAACUUUAGCCAAAUCUUUAGUAAAUUCUUCUAGUAAAUUAAUAUGAAUGCAAUAUGUACUAGUUAUGAUAAUUGUUGUAUGUAUUAUUUGAACUGCAACACUUUGUUAUUGUUUAAGGUGGUUUUGUAUGAUAGACCUAUUUUCUUAGUUAUCAUUUAUUUAUUGUAUAUAAUAAACACACCAAAGUUAUAAGUAAUAAACAAACUUGGAUAGAUUCUUGUAAA